AUGAAGAAUUUUGAACCCGUUGGCUUUACAUACUCAACAAGGUUUUGCCCAAGUGUUUUCUUCUACCUCGCUUCUGUAGUCCCUGCCAUUUGGUUUCUAGAACUGCAUAAUAUGCAUAAACGGAUAGAUAAAAGGAAUAAUUAUAAUGCGUCACUUCCGGUUACACAGGAUGUUAACACAACAGAGGAAGAUCUUACAGUCGACAUCAAAGGGAUCGGCAAAAUUACGCUUCCUUUAGCAUUACCAUCAGAUUUAUGGUUGAAGGUGAUCGAACAGUUUCUGUUACUUAUGCUCAUAAUCGGAAGAUGGCUACUUCCGAAAGGUGCAUUGUCACAUGACCAGCUAUCACAAUUACUAUUGGUUUAUGUCGGAACAGCUGCUGAUAUUGUAGAAUUCUUUGAAGCAUUCAACGAGGACAAGGUGAAAUUUAAUCCAAUGCUUUGUUACAUUGUACUUGGUAUUUGGACAUCCAGUUUGAUGCAAUUUACACUUGUUCUCACAGCAACGAGAGCUCGACGAGACCAUGCCGGAGCACCAAAUGCUAUUCAGUUGCAUGACCCUGAUUCGGCAUGCUGUAAUCCGGAAAUUUACGGAAUAUUAAUUUCAAUAUUUAUGCAAGAUUGUCCAUUCUUAGUAAUACGUUUAUUACUCAUAUUCAAAUAUGAAGUUGUCAGUUACACAAAUAUGUUUUUUACAUCUAAGAACUCAUUAGUUAUCAUUUUACUUUUAUAUCGAGUUGUUGUCGUCCACGUGGAAACACACAAUAAGAAGAGAAACGUUAAAGGUAGUCCGAUGGUUCCAAGAUGCAGACCCGUUGACGGAUUUGUUGAAUACGAAACUAAGAACGGAAGAGUGAAUCUGAAACCAUGUCAAAGUACCCCGGAUGUAUAUGUUUGCAAAACAAACGAUAGUUUACAACGCUAUAAAACUUUAAAGCGGAUUGGGAAAAGUGAUCCCCAAAUGAUUAAAAGCAAAUCCAAAUGACGAAAAGGAUUUUUUUUUCUGAACAUAGAAAUAUCUCAAAACUGUUUCUUAUAAUCAUUCCAUAUUUGAAUGAAUAUUGGUAAGUUCCUGGUGGCAUAAUUGUUUGGCUCCUCGUGACAGCAAAGCAGAUGGUGAAAGUUCGGACUUACAGAAAAGAGCAGAUUAAGCGAUGAACGUGUGUGUUCAAUAUACAAUGUAUGAUCAAAUACCCGAGUUCAUGUACAUAUGUGUAUAAUUAUAACUUGUGAAUGUUGCAAAAUUUUUCAUUUAGAUAUAUAUCCUUUGACAUUUCUCAUUAAACUAGUUCGGAGGGUCAGGAUGGGGUUACUAGAAUAGAGAAUAAAAGUUAAAAAAAAAAAAGGAUAGAGAAAAAAAGCAAAAAGAAAAAAGAAUAGAGAAUAAUGGGGUGCAAAAGUAUAUAAAAUAAUUGUGGAAAAUAAAAGAAUUGGGUAAAAAAUACUGAUUACAAAAAUGAAUGAUGUACAGAAUAAAGAAAUCAUACAGUAACAGAAAAAAUCAAAAGUAAAAUCAUGUUCAUGAAAAAUUUAUAGAAUAAGCAUUGUAUCUUUAAUAAAGAAAAAAAUGCCAUAAAAAUUCAAAGAAUACAGAAAUGAAGGACCCCCCAUCCAGACCCUCAGGUAGGUAGGAACAUUACAUGUUGUCAAAUGAAAGUUUCUCUUUGGUUAUUCUAUGUACAAUGGCAUGCAUGUGCAAUGCAUGAGUUUGGAUGGGAGAAGGGGUCCUUAAUCCUAUAUUUUAUAAUUUUGUAGGCCAUUUCCCUAUCCUUAAUUUUUUUGCCUAUUAUUCUCUAUUCUUUAUAUUUAAGCGCAGCGUUAUUUUUACUCUUUUUUUUAUUGCCCAUUUUUCUCUUAUCUUUAUUUGGUUUGCCCUUUAUUCUCCAAUUCUUCCUCAUUUUUCUCUAUUCUGUAAACCCGAUCCAGACCCUCAUGUAUUUCAAAUAAAUCGUAUUCAUUUUCAUAAUCACAUGAUGACUUCAGAGAAAUUUCACCAAAACAAUGACCAAGAGGAAAUGAAAUUUUCAUAGAUAUCAUAAAGCUAACACCAUUAUUUUUAAUGUUUUUGAAAAUCAAAAUAAAAUGCUGUAAAUGUAUAAGUUCGUUAUUGAUAUAAAUAAUAAAUCAUAAGAAAUUUUCUUUAAA